AUGAUCGAUAGCCACGCCAGCAAAGUGUACCUUUCACGUGAGUAUGCCGAGAUUCUGCCGAAGAACUUCCUUCAGACAAUUCGUCAUCGACUGGUUUUCGUGGAUUCUCCCCGUAUGUCGCUGCCAAGGUACAUAGUUACAAUCGAUCCCAAAGUGUUUUCGGAGGCAAGGUCGCCAGCAGCACUGGUUGAAAAGGUGGCACAGAAGAUUGCCGGCGUAAAAAACGUUCUUGUCAGCGAGACGGAGGAGGAAGGCGUGCCGGGUCAGCCAAGCAGUCUGAGGCAAGUAGUCUCCAUUUCUCGGGAAGUGUACGAGACUGAGCAAAAAGAAGUACCCUCCGCUGAAUAUGCCCAUAUUGGGCCAUCGGUUAGGCCUUUCGCAGGCCUUACCAGUAUACCAGUUGAGCUGGUCGUGACUACACCAUCCGACAACCUAGGUGAAGACUCCUCACUUCUGCAUUCCCAGACUCUGCCCUCCCUACUUUUCACACCCACGACCGUCAAAGAGCAAUAUGGGGGACUACAAUCCCUGCUUAGAACUCGUCAAACUCCUCUGGGAGAGGAGACAACCUCGAAAGAAGACUCUUUCUGGCAUGAGGAGCCACAAAACUAUGCAACUCCAUCAUCCCCGACCCACACAAGUUACGAAAUUCUUCCUGGACUCAUUGGGAGGACUCAUAAAACCGAGGUCCCAACCCUGCCUACACUGAAAGGAGCGCUGGGAGCGCCUUCUCUUGAAGUCACGGGCAGGCACUUUAAACUGCCACCUGCCCUGGAAAUACAUCCAAAGUUGGCAAAAUACCAUGAGCGUUAUGGCGCUCUGCCUCCGCUACAGGGCAGACCUCUGCCUGUUCACAGCCUCGAGUCAUCUGACUCCCUACUCGCCCUGACUCUCAGCUUACCCGCAACUAGUGGCCGAGUAGAGACUGAAGGAGAGCCGAAGGAUUCAUCUCUGGCCGAUUCUUUCGGCUCAUCCCUCCUAGCAGUUCCGGAGGAGCAUGUCAUGGAUUGGUAUGCGAAGUCCGUUGCUGAAGGCAACGUACUACAAAAUGAGCAGGCCCCUCCUCCCUCACUACCCACAAUACAACAGUCCAAAAGGAGUUUCUACUUUGCCGCCAAACUCUCCUCCAUGCCAGUGGCUGAGGAAUUGGCUAACCUUGAAGUCGAGAAGAUCGAUACACUGGGCUCCCCUGCGACUCUGCGUGAUUCUCUGGCUACAACUAGGUCCUCCACUGCGUUCUCCAUGACCCGUCCAAAUGGUAAUAUCUUGCAGGCUGCUCGUAACCUCCUGGAAUUCGACAAGAACACUAUGCAGAAGGGCCGUGAGAGCCGAAAGCGAGAAGUUAGACGACAGCUGCGUAUGAAUCGAAUAAUUCAAUACCUACGCAAGAAACUUAAACCUACAGAGCUGGCAGAACUGUUUUCUGACCUGUACACAAAUAAGCCAAGCAAACGCACAGAACUCCUCUUGGAGGAAACGGGGAAAAUUGUCGAUGCAUAUAUGAAGUAA